UGCGGCUGCAGACCGAGCCGAAGGUGGCGGCUGCACAGUAGACGCCCCCUCACGGCUUUCCCCACACGCUCCCGCCCCUUUUCUCGCCGGUCACGCCUCCCUCACUGGCGCUGCAGUCGUCCUCCACAGACGCUUUCCCCCCAGACUCUUAUUCCCUUUUUCUCUAAGCUCCGCGCCCUCGGGAUCCCCCUCGAAGAACUUGGUCUCCGCAUCGAGUUCCCACCUCCUGCCUCAAAGGCCAUCUGAGUCCCUCGCACCCCGCCCCUCAGCCCCCCGGUCUCCCCCGUGUGUUGCCUGGCUCCCUCCCGACCCCCAUCACCCCUUCCCUCGCAGUUCCCCUGUCCUGAGGGGCUCCGCGGCACGGGCGGCGCUGCGGCGGCAGGAGGGAGAAAGUGAAGCGGCCGCUCGCGCACACUCGCGCGCUCACUCCCGGCUCGGCGGCACCCACCACCGGGAGGAGUAGGAGAAGGAGCCGAGUGGAGCUGAGCGAGAGCGGAAGUAGCUGCUGCUGGUGGUGACAAUGUCAAAUAACGGCCUAGACAUUCAAGACAAACCCCCAGCCCCUCCGAUGAGAAAUACCAGCACCAUGAUUGGAGCCGGCAGCAAAGAUGCUGGAACCCUAAACCAUGGUUCUAAACCUCUGCCUCCAAACCCAGAAGAGAAGAAAAAGAAGGACCGAUUUUACAGAUCCAUCUUACCUGGAGAUAAAACAAAUAAAAAGAAAGAGAAAGAGCGGCCAGAGAUUUCUCUUCCUUCAGAUUUUGAACACACAAUUCAUGUCGGUUUUGAUGCUGUCACAGGGGAGUUUACGGGAAUGCCAGAGCAGUGGGCCCGCUUGCUUCAGACAUCAAAUAUCACUAAGUCGGAGCAGAAGAAAAACCCACAGGCUGUUCUGGAUGUGUUGGAGUUUUAUAACUCAAAGAAGACAUCCAAUAGCCAGAAAUACAUGAGCUUUACAGAUAAGUCAGCUGAGGAUUAUAAUUCUUCUAAUGCUUUGAAUGUGAAGGCUGUGUCCGAGACUCCCGCAGUGCCACCAGUUUCAGAAGAUGAGGAUGAUGAUGAUGAUGAUGAUGCUACCCCACCACCAGUGAUUGCUCCACGCCCAGAACACACAAAAUCUGUAUACACACGGUCUGUGAUUGAACCACUUCCUGUCACUCCAACUCGGGACGUGGCUACAUCUCCCAUUUCACCUACUGAAAAUAACAUCACUCCACCAGAUGCUUUGACCCGGAAUACUGAGAAGCAGAAGAAGAAGCCUAAAAUGUCUGAUGAGGAGAUCUUGGAGAAAUUACGAAGCAUAGUGAGUGUGGGCGAUCCUAAGAAGAAAUAUACACGGUUUGAGAAGAUUGGACAAGGUGCUUCAGGCACCGUGUACACUGCAAUGGAUGUGGCCACAGGACAGGAGGUGGCCAUUAAGCAGAUGAAUCUUCAGCAGCAGCCCAAGAAAGAGCUGAUAAUUAAUGAGAUCCUGGUCAUGAGGGAAAACAAGAACCCAAACAUUGUGAAUUACUUGGACAGUUACCUUGUGGGAGAUGAGCUGUGGGUUGUUAUGGAAUACUUGGCUGGAGGUUCCUUGACAGACGUGGUGACAGAAACCUGCAUGGAUGAAGGCCAGAUUGCAGCUGUGUGCCGUGAGUGUCUGCAGGCUCUGGAGUUUUUGCAUUCAAACCAGGUCAUUCACAGAGACAUCAAGAGCGACAAUAUUCUGUUGGGAAUGGAUGGCUCUGUCAAGCUAACUGAUUUUGGAUUCUGUGCACAGAUAACCCCAGAGCAGAGCAAACGGAGCACCAUGGUAGGAACCCCAUACUGGAUGGCACCAGAGGUUGUGACACGAAAGGCCUAUGGGCCCAAGGUUGACAUCUGGUCCCUGGGCAUCAUGGCCAUUGAAAUGAUUGAAGGGGAGCCUCCAUACCUCAAUGAAAACCCUCUGAGAGCCUUGUACCUCAUUGCCACCAAUGGGACCCCCGAACUUCAGAAUCCAGAGAAGCUGUCAGCUAUCUUCCGGGACUUUCUGAACCGCUGUCUUGAGAUGGAUGUGGAGAAGAGAGGUUCAGCUAAAGAGCUGCUGCAGGUAACUGUCCCUACGCAGGGAAGCACCAAAUUUAAGGAAUCACUAAACCAAGCCUUUUUUACUUCAUAUUUGUCUGUAAGGUACUGGAUAUUAUAGAAUGAGGCUUCUCUU